CACAGAUUUGUUAUUUAUAGAGCGUAGAAUACUCUUUCAAUUUUUCACUCUUCUUAACUAUUCUUUAGGUAGAAACAUUAUGGAUAUCAACCAAAUGCUGUUGUGCCAUCUCUUAUGAUAUUACCAGAUGAUGAUCAUAGUAGCAUCCAAUUAAGGCUUGAUACUAGAUAAUUGCUUUGUCUGUCGAUCAUAGUCCAUCUUGUACAGUAUUCUUUUAGAACUAGAGGAAAUCGGGCCCCUAAUUCGAAAUGUCAAUCCGGUACAAGAAAGAUUUGGGUCAGCAUAUUUUGAAAAAUCCGGGUAUCAUAGACACCAUUAUAGAACGAGCGAAUAUUCUGGAGACCGAUACAGUGCUUGAAAUAGGCAGCGGCACGGGCAAUCUCACGAUAAAAUUGCUUGCCAAAGCCAAAAGAGUAAUAUGCUACGAGAAGGAUGAAAGAAUGGCUGCUGAGCUCGUUAAAAGAGUUAAAAGCUUAAAUCUGUGCCAUAAAAUGAAGCUCUUUGUGGGUGAUUGUAUGAAGAGCGACUUUCCACAUUUUGAUCUAUGUGUGUCAAACAUUCCAUACCAAAUCAGCAGUGUUUUGAUAUUCAAACUGUUUGGUUAUAAUUUUAGAGCAGCUGUCCUUAUGUUGCAACAUGAAUUUGCGCUGAGAUUAGUUGCGAACCCAGGAAAUCCGGACUAUUCCAGAUUAAGUGUCUCUGCACAGCUUUUCUCAAAGGUCGAGUACAUGUUUAAAGUUUCAAGAAAAAAUUUUAAUCCGAUGCCGAAGGUGGAGAGUGCCGUGGUAAGAAUACGAAAGAGACUUGAACAACCAAGCAUUAACAUUGAGGAGUUCGCGAAUUUCCUGAGAAUUUGUUUCAAACGGAAGAACAAGACGCUCAGCGGUGUUUUUGGAGACAAGUCGGUGAUUAAAACGGUGAAGAAGGAAAAAAGAGAAAUUGCUGAGAUACUAAGCGUAUACGGUACUAAACGAGCUAAUAAGUUGCAAGUUGAGGAUUUUCUGCAAGUGUUUUUGAAUUUUAAGCUAAGACAAACUGUUUUUGUGUGAUAGUCUUAUAAAAAGACCCGAAUGAUUGUUGCACCGGCGUUAUGAUUGAUUUUUACAAUACAUUAAUUAAAUUGAGCAUUGAUCCA